GGGAGAGCCGGAGGGCUCACUACCUCAUCGCCCGGGGAGAGGGCGCGCUUGUCGCGUGGUGGGGGUGGGACCAGUGGGGCGGGUGGGGGGUAGCCGUGAAGGACACGAAAUGCAGGGGUCAGGGGGGUGGUGGCAGGACUAGCUGGGGCACUAGAUCUGGAAGCUCUUGCGAGGAGGACGACUUGGGUGAUAGAGGAGGGCGUGGACGUGUCUGGUAUGGGAUGCAGUGGAAAGGAAGGGCCCAGCCACAAAUCCAGAGUAGAUCUGUGGAUGGUUCCUCAGAGGCACCCUCUUUCCGGUUGCCCUUUUAUUUGGCAGCACGAGAGCCCUGGUGGUCUCUGUUCAAAUCCUGGGAACUCUGCCUUAGGGUGAAUUUAACCUGCAUUAUAAGACUACGCAGGGCCUUUUUUGAUACUGGGUACAGACGUGGGGAAGAUGUCAGAAAACAGGAAGCUGUUUCUGGGUUUCGUGCACAAACUCCCCGAUGCGAGCGCAUCUGGGAACUCAGGCAAGACUCACUGCCCUUCCUGUCUAGGGCUUUUCAAAGCCCCCAGGCUCUUGCCUUGCUUGCACACGGUGUGCACGACGUGUCUGGAAAAGCUGGAGCCGUUCUCAGUAGUGGACAUCCGUGGGGGUGACUCAGACACAAGCUCUGAGGGGUCCAUAUUCCAGGAACCCAAGUCACGCAGCUUGCAGCCCCAGAUUGGCAUCCUCUGUCCGGUAUGUGAUGCUCAGGUGGACCUGCCCUUGGGUGGAGUGAAGGCCUUAACGAUAGACCACCUGGCCAUGAAUGAUGUGAUGCUGGAGAGUCUGCGUGGGGAAGGUCAGGGCCUGGUGUGUGACCUGUGCAGCGACAGAGAAGUAGAGAAGAGGUGUCAGACCUGCAAAGCCAAUCUCUGCCACUUCUGCUGCCAGGCUCAUAGGCGGCAGAAGAAGACGAUGUAUCAUACCAUGGUGGACCUGAAGGACCUGAAAGGCUACAGUCGGGUUGGAAAGCCCAUCCUGUGCCCUGCGCACCCCGCGGAGGAGCUGAGACUGUUCUGUGAACUGUGUGACCGGCCCGUGUGUCGGGACUGUGUGGUUGGGGAGCACCGAGAGCACCCCUACGACUUCACCAGCAACGUCAUCCACAAGCAUGGAGAUUCCGUGCGGGAGCUCCUCAGAGGCACCCAGCCCCACGUGGAGGCCCUGGAGGAGGCCCUGGCUCAGAUCAAAAGCGUGAACAGCGGCCUCCAGGAGCGCGUGGAGGCAGUGGCGGCUGAUGUCCGAACAUUCUCGGAGGGCUACAUCAAAGCGAUCGAGGAACAUCGGGACAAGCUGCUGAAGCAGCUGGAUGACAUCCGGGUCCAGAAGGAAAACUCUUUGCAACUGCAGAAGGCACAGCUGGAACAGCUGCUGGCGGAUAUGCGGACUGGAGUGGAGUUCACCGAGCACCUGCUGACCAGCGGCUCAGACUUGGAAAUCCUCAUCACCAAGGGAGUAGUGGUCGAGCGGCUCAGGAAGCUGAACAAAGUUGAAUACAGCGCCCGCCUGGGAGUGAAUGAUAAGAUCAGCUUCUGUCCUCAGGAGAAGGCAGGCCAGUGCCGAGGCUACGAAGUGUACGGGGCCAUUAACACCAAAGAAGUGGAUCCAUCUAAAUGUGUCCUCCAGGGAGAAGAUCUCCACAGGGCUCGAGAGAAACAGACAGCCUCUUUCACCCUGCUUUGUAAGGAUGCCGCGGGAGAGAGCAUGGGCAGGGGAGGAGACAACGUCCAGGUCGCCGUUGUCCCCAAAGAUAAGAAAGACAGCCCCGUCAGAACGGUGGUCAAGGACAACAAGGACGGAUCAUACCAUGUUUCCUACACCCCCAAGGAACCUGGAGUCUACACUGUGUGGGUCUGCAUCCGGGAGCAGCACGUGCAGGGCUCACCGUUCACUGUGACCGUGAGGAGAAAGCAUCGCCCACAUCCAGGUGUGUUUCACUGCUGUACCUUCUGCUCCAGCGGAGGCCAGAAAACUGCCCGCUGUGCCUGCGGAGGCACCAUGCCAGGUGGGUACCUUGGCUGUGGCCAUGGACACAAAGGACACCCAGGUCGUCCGCACUGGUCCUGCUGUGGGAAGUUUAUUGAGAAGUCUGAGUGCACGUACACCGGUGGGCAGAGCGCACCAAGGAGUCUUCUUAGGACCGUGGCCCUCUGAUGGCUUCCUGGGUACAAGUUCAGCCAGGUAAACCUGAAGCCGGCAUGACCUAAGGUGUGCAGAGGACCCGAGAGCUUUAGUUCCAAAGAGACUGACAGAAUUAAAGACAAAGUGCUUUCUCUAACAUCAGAGUUCAAGUGCUCUUUUGUGUGUGUGAGCUGCUCGCCUAUACCAUGGCUGAGUGUGGGCCACCAAUGCACCACUCAAGGCGGGCUGACGAGCUCUCCACAGGAGGUUCUUUUCUGUUCCAUACAGGCAUCAAGGUGUCUAUGCCAGGGAACAUUAUGGCACAGGGAAGAUGUUACCUCCUUUCUAUUGUUUUACAGCCUCUUCAGUUUAUCCCUGAGCUGGAAUUUAAGUGCUUCUCAGAGAAUGAGACCCCUUUGUCUCAUUCACAUUUUGUUAGUAUACUUGCAGUAGUUUUUCCAGUGCAUGGUUUAUGACAGUUCUAAAGGGAUUUUGUUGUUUAGCUGAGAGCCUGGUGAUGAGUCAUCUGUAGGGCACACAAGUAGACAGCUAAUAAGGAGGAAUGGCAUGGAAAGAUCUCAUCCAUCGGUUGCAGUUCUUACACCGGAUGGAUGACGGAGAGGCCUCCAUCCUCCCAGCUCUGACUUAGAAGAGGCUUUCCGAUGAGUCUCUAUACCUGGCAAUAGCGGAGAGCAUUGACUGCAGGUACCUCCUAGGGGCUACAGGAUUCCGGGAAGAGUUGGCACUGCCUCUGCCAGCCUGCCAAGACCUUCCCCAGAUCCACUCCGUGUGUUCUGGGAUCCUUGGUUUCUUAUACAGCAGUAAACUCAGCAUAUAUUAAAUAGUUACUGAAACUUACAUUAUAUGAUUUCUUAGAAGUGGUGACUCAUCGCAGUGGUGACCUGGGUAAAGCAAAGGAAGUGACACACUUAGUUGACAGCUGUUAGGUCGCCACAGAAUACCUUUCCUUCUUGGAGUUGCUACAUUGUAGCUAUAAACAAAAGAUACUAAGUUUCUUCCUUUUCUGGAAACACUCCCCUUUAGCCCCUUUCUGUAAGCAAAAUCUCAUGUUCCAGAAGACAGGGCUGCCCAUCACCCCUCAGGUUGUUUGUUGAUCGUUCUUUACUCUUUAUGUCUCUGGGCCUAGUCAGGUGUCCCGAGCUUAUUACCAUUGCUGCUUUGAGAUCCCUGGGUCUCAGCCAGCAGUGGUUUUGCCCCACAACUACCUCCCUGAGGAAUGUCAGCAGAAUCUUGGGGAUACAGGGCCUAGGAGCAUCUAGUGGGGUUACAGGCCAGACUGUUCACAGUGCUUAGGACAGCUUCCGCAGCAAACGGGGCAGGUUAUGCCUCCCUGAAGUGUCAUCUUCGUGUUUGGUGAGGCAUCCAUCGCUCCUGCCUUCUGCUCCACUGUUCCUUCCCAGUCUCCUCUGCUCACCCUUGCAUUUUCCUGUUCCCCGGACACCCAGGAGAGCCGAAGAGCAGUUCUUCCACUUCUUCCUGUUCCCAAGGUCUCAUUCUGUCACUUACACACCAUUUGUACACAGUGACUCCCACGUCCCCUCCAGGUCCACUCUCUAGUUAAUUGUGUCCAAUGGCUUACAUCCCAUCUUCCCUGUGUGUACCUCAAAUUUAAAUGACUUCCAGUGUCCAGUUCUCACUUCCUCCUGCCUGCCAUCACCAACUGCUUCCCCUGUGGUCCUCUCUUGCACUUGAGAAGCACAGCUCUGUCCUUAGGUGGGGGAGUCUUGGAAACACACUGCGUGUCACACACCAUCUCCAAACCACAGGGAACUGCCAUCAGCCUUACCUUUACUCAUCUGACUACCGCUCACUGCGUCCACCGCUGCUGUCCUGGUCUGAGAUGCCAAGACGUCCCACCUCCAAGUUUUGUCAUUGUCUUCUCACCGGCCUGCUUCUGCCUUUCCCCCUCCACUAUAGCCCCCAGGAGAGAGCGAGCCUCUCAAAAUGUCACAUCAUUCUGCUCAGUACCCUCCCACCUUACUCAGAACAAGUCAGCAUACAUGCUUCACAUUACCAUGUAUGGCCAGCACCGUCUGAUCCAUCUUCUCUUCCUAACCUGCUGUCCUGUCCAGCCACGGUGGCCCUGCCAGUUCCUCAGUCAAAACAGUCUUGUCUUGUCGCCUUUAUAGUCACUGGCCUUCUGUCUGUCAUGCCCUUUCUCAAAGAUGAUUCAUGAUUCACUCUGGUAUCUUCAAGUUUCUGCUCUAGUGUCAACUACCACCCUACUAGUGAGCCCCCUAACUACCCUGUAUAAGACAGCAGUAUCCUACCCUGGAGAAGGCAUCGCCCUGCAUGGCUUCAUCAUCAUCUGCCAUAUAUAAUAUCUUUUAUCUGCUGGAGACUUCGAGCUCCCUGAGGGACUUGACAUUAGUAACUCUGUUAUCCCCGAGCAGGGCAGAUUUUGGCUUACGGUGGAAACAACAGUAUGCUGAAUGAAUAAAAAUCAAGAUCUGUGGAAUUUUC